GCUCGGCCUGUCCGGAAGGCAGGCGGGCGUGAGCGAGCGGCGGCGGCUUCGGCCUUGGCGGGUCCCGAUGGCCUCGGCUAGCAUCGAUAUCGAGGACGCGACUCAGCACCUGCGCGAUAUCCUCAAGCUGGAUCGGCCCGGCGGGUCAGUGAAUGAAAACCAGAGAACAUCCAGUUCAUAUAAUGGUGACCUGAAUGGUCUUCUGGUGCCAGAUCCCACCGCAGCUGGAGACGGCUCGUCCUCCACUAAGCCUGUUCCACAAACUGUUCCUCUCGGAGCGCUACAAGACAAACAAGUUAUCUGCCUCUCUGGAGAUGAUAAUUCCACCUGUAUGGUGAUCCUUGCUAAAGAUGUUGAAAUAGUGGCCAGCAGUGAUUCCAGCAUCACCAGUAAAGCCAGGGGAAGCAAUAAGGUAAAAAUCCAGCCAGUGGCCAGAUAUGACUGGGAGCAGAAGUAUUACUAUGGCAACCUCAUUGCUGUCUCAAAUGCCUAUCUGGCUUAUGCUAUUCGAGGUGCCAGCAGUGGCUCGGCCAUGGUGCGAGUCCUGAGUGUCAGCACGGCUGAGCGGACGCUUCUGAAAGGCUUCACUGAGGGUGUGGCAGAUCUGGCCUUUGCUCACCUCAACUCCAACCAGUUGGCCUGCCUGGAUGAAGCUGGCAACCUGUUUGUCUGGUGUCUGUCAAUGGAGAACGGAAAAAUCCAAGAAGAGAUCUUGGUGAAUAUCAAACGAUCUGAUGGGACUCCCCAUAACAACUUUCGGAGGAUAAUAUGGUGUCCCUUCAUCCCUGAUGAGAAUGAGGAGAGCUGCGAAGAAGGCAGCCAGACUCUGGCGUUGCUGCAUGAAGACAGAGCUGAAGUCUGUGACCUUGACAUAAUCCGAGCCAACCAUAGUUCAUGGCCAGUGGAAGUAACCAACAUCAAAGAAGGCUACAUUGUGGUGAAGGGUCAUAGCACGCGCCUGAGUGAGGGAGCACUUUCUCCUGAUGGGACUGUUUUGGCUACAGCAAGCCAUGAUGGCUACGUCAAAUUCUGGCAGAUUUACAUAGAGGGACAAGAUGAACCAAGUCGGUGCCUCCAUGAAUGGAAACCUCAUGAGGGCAGGCCUCUUUCCUGUUUGCUCUUCUGUGACAACCAUAAGAAACAAGACCCAGAGGUUCCUUUUUGGAGGUUUCUCAUCACUGGAGCAGAUCAGAAUCAAGAGCUGAAAAUGUGGUGCACCGUCUCAUGGACCUGCCUCCAGACAAUCCAGUUUUCUCCAGAUAUAUUUAGCUCUGUGAGCGUCCCUCCCAGUCUGAAGGUCUGCCUGGAUCUGUCAGCCGAGUACCUAGUUUUGAGUGAUGUGGAAAGAAAGGUCUUAUACGUGAUGGAGCUUGUCCAGAACCAAGAAGAGGGCAAAGCUUACUUCAGCUCCAUCUCAGAGUUCCUGUUGACUCACCCAGUCCUGAGCUUCGGCAUCCAAAUGGUCAGCCGCUGCCGACUGAGGCACACAGAAGUCCUCUCAGCAGAAGAGGAGAGUGAUGGCAUCAGUGCUGAAGGCGCUCAAGGUUCAGGUACUACAGGAUCGGCCGCAGGGGUGCUGAUCAAACUCUUCUGUGUCCACACCAAGGCCCUUCAGGAUGUACAGAUAAGGUUCCAGCCCCUCCAUAGUCCAGAUAUGGUCACUCCAGUCCCUCCCCAUGGUUCCCGUGAAGACUUUGCAUUCCCUGAUCACCUGGCCGACAUAGGCAUGGAAGGGCGGGGCUCUGAGAAGGGAUCCAUCCACGGCUCCCAGCCGGACUUGCGACGCAUUUCGGAACUGUCUGUGCCCGUCGACUUCCUCCCUCCAUCGAAUGACACCAAACCCAAACUUAUGACUCCAGACGCGUUCAUGACUCCCAGCACUUCUCUGCAGCAGAUCACGGGGUCUCCCGGAAGUAGCAUUAGUUCCCUCACUGCUGUGACGACCAUGAGUAGUACUUCGGUUGGCGAGCCCCCCCUUCCCAGGCCAUCGGAGGACAUGUCCCUAAGCCCAAAGAUGCAGCUUGAUGCCAACCUCACCCUGAGUGGCAGCAGUGGGUGUCUCCAGGCAAGCCCGCGGAAUCAUUCGGUCCUGCUCCCUGGCCUUCCUGACAAACUGACCCCAAAGGUCCCCAUUCCGGUUUCCCCAGGGAACCCUCCUCCUUUGGCCCUGGAGCAAGAGGAAGUGGAGCCUCUGGUGGUACCCCAGUCCUCGCCCACUCGUGAGCGCUCCCCAGAUGUCAUCUCCUCCGCCUCGACUGCCAUGUCCCAGGACAUCCCUGAAAUCGCCUCAGAGACCCUGCAGCGCAGCUUCAGCGCAGCCCCGUCUGGCCUCCCGGUAGAAAUUCUGGACUCCAACCAUCACACAGACAGCAUGGCUUCGGCGGCCUCCGCUCUCCACUUGCUUUCCCCACGCAACCGCCACAGCUCGGAGCCCAGCCAUCACUCCUUGGACAUGGCCCCCAACGAGGUGGACAUGCUGACCGCCCCCUCACUGCUGGAGGCGGCCUUACCUCAGGAAAACGUGGCGUUGGAUAGUGGAGUGAGUCAGCCGUGGCCGGCUGCUCCUGACAUCACCAGGGAGACCAGGAACAGCAUGGCGGACAGCCCCAGGAAUGAAGUGGAAGAGAAGCAUAAGAGCUCUUGUCACAGGCACACCUACCGCUUGCUGCAACAUGACAGCCAAGAUGCCAGCGCCGAGCAGAGCGAUCACGAUGAUGAAGUUGCGGGCUUGGCUACCACAUCAGGCGGGUUCACAACCAAAGUGACUGCCCAGCGGCUGCCAGUGAAAGACUGGAAGGCCAAAGUUUCUCCUCGGGCCUCCCCAAAGCUGAAGAGGAAGGGGAAGAAAGACGACAGGGAUGUGCCACAGUCCCCAAGGUCCUUCGAUCAGCAGAGCGCUCCUGAAUACCAGGAGGAGCUGAUGUCUCUGCUCAGGACCCAGCAAAGGGAGAUUGCCGAACUGAGACAAAAUCAGAUGGAGCUGAUGCAGAGGCUCGCAGAUCACCUGGAUGGGGUCCAGAGCUCGCUCAUGGGUCACAUCGAGCGGGUGAUCGACUCCCAGCAGGAGCAGGAGCAGCGGAGGCUGGAACAGGCUCUGGCGGAAGGGCAGCAGCGCAGUGGGCAGCUGCAAGAGCACCUCUCCCAGCAGCUCUCCCAGUCCCUCUCUACGGCUGCCUGCAAUCGGCUGGAGAGGACCAUCCGCGAGGAGAUGAAAAAGACUGUUCCCCCGUGUAAGUUUUGCCCAGAACCUUACGGCCUCUUUUUGUUCUUUUCCCCUUUUUUGUCCAGCAUGCAAGAGUCCAUCUUGGCUCAGGUGCAGCGAGUCAUCAAGGGGGAGGUGAGCACGGCCAUGAAGGAGCAGCAGGCUGCGGUCACCUCCAGCAUCAUGCAGGCCAUGCGCUCCGCUGCAGGCACGCCCAUCCCUGCCACUCACCUAGACUUCCAGUCCCAGCAGGCUCACAUGCUGCAACUUUUGCAGCAGGGACACCUGAACCAAGCCUUCCAACAGGCUCUCACUGCAGCCGAUUUGAAUCUGGUCCUCUAUGUCUGUGAGACCGUUGAUCCUCAGCAAGUGUUCGGACAGGACCCUUGUCCUCUGUCCCAGCCUGUCCUUCUGUCUCUCAUUCAGCAGCUGUCUUCAGAAUUAGGCUCCCAGACAGAGCUCAAACUCAACUACCUGGAGGAGGCAGUGAUGCACCUCGAUCACAGCGAUCCCAUCACCCGCGACCACAUGGGCUCGGUGAUGAACCAGGUGCGCCAGAAACUCUUCCAGUUCCUGCAGGUGGAGCCUCACAACAACGUGAGCAAGCCCGCACGUCGCCUGAUGAUCAUGCUGCAAGGCCUGGUCACCCACAACAUGUCCUAACAGGUCUCCGGCCACCCUUGCUCAACGGCGCCUCUCCGGGCUAACCCAAGGGCGGCGGCUUUUUACUUUUCUCCAUUUGGCCCUCCUCUUCCUCCUCCUCCUCCAAGAGCUCUUUGCUGACUCAACGUGGCCACGCCAAGCGGGGAGUGGGAUGAACCCUAGCCCAGCCAGUCAGUUCCCCCUGCACUUCAAAAACAACAGUACCCUUCCUUUCCGUGCAAGUCAACUUUUUGGCACUUGUGCAAGCAGAAACACGCAAAUCCCAGCUUUCCUCCGGCUUCGGAGCUCAAGAGCCCCACUUCCCAACCCUUUGAGAGUGGGCCGUGGGGAGGGGUCCCCUGCCCGGCAGGGAAGGAUGAGCAGGCCGUAGAAUCACGGUAGCCAUAGGGAGAGAUGCCAACCCCCCCCCCCCCCUGUGGGUGGGGGGGGCGGGGGGGGGGGGGCGUGGGAAGAUUGCAAAGGCCCCCUUCCCCAUCCGGGGCGCGGGGUGGGAGGGGCACCCCGUGUGGUGGAGCAUGUUUACGGAUCAGACAGUUCCUUUUUAGUCGGAGGGGAGAUUGUGUUCGCACCACAUUGUUUUUGUUUUUUUCCCUUUUGUUUUUAUCUAGACUCUUUAACUCUUUCUUUUUUGAAUAAUGUUUAAAGACAAGUUCAAUAAAUGACUUUUUUUGGAGGAAAAUAAAUAAAUAAAAGCUCU